AUGUUCCGCCCCAGCGGAAGUGGGCUCCGUUCGAGGCUAUCUGGCCUCACAUUGAAGAGUGUCCUGUAUGCCUCGUGGGUCCUGGGCGUGUUUCCCUUCACCUACGACAGCUGGACGAGGAAAUUGCACCGUUCCAAGUGGCUAAUUGUGUAUGGCCUUGUCUUGAAUGCGGCAUUUAUUGUGCUGGUGGUCACAAAUGACACGGAGAGUGAAACGCCAAUCAAAAUGCAGGUGUUCCAUAGGAAUGCCCUGGCCGAGCAGGUCAACAGAGUCCACGAUGUGCAGACUCUUUCGAUGGUGUCUCUGGUGCUGCUCAGAGGUUUCUGGAAAAGCGGAAAAAUCGAAAAGAUCAUAAAUGAGCUUUUGGAUCUACAACACUACCACUUUCGUCACUAUUCUCUGGAGAAGUGCUGCAGCUUUGACCGAUUUGUCCAGUAUAAAGGGCUAUCUGUGAUUCUGGAAGUCGUGUCCAUGUUGAUUUUGGAACUGGGCAUGUCACCGAAUUUCAGUAGCCAGCUUUUCAUUGGAGUAACUGGUCUUUGUUUCAUGCUACUCGCUGUUCUUUUGGGAGCCACACACUUUCACCUGGCCGUGGUCUUCAUCUACCGAUAUGUGUGGAUUGUCAACAGGGAACUUCUUCGGCUGGUGAACAAUCUGGCAAAUGGAGAAACUGUGGAGUCUGGCCAAGUGGACUACCUGUUCAAGCUCUACCAUCGCCUCUUGGAACUCAACGAUCGAGUGGCCUCCAUCUACGACUACCAAAUGGUCCUGGUCAUGGUCAGUUUUCUGCUGGCCAACGUUCUGGGCAUCUACUUCUUCAUCAUCUACUCCAUCAGCCUGCACAAUGAACUGGAUAUCAAAAUAGUGGUCUUUGUUCAGGCACUGGUACUCAAUAUGUUGGAUUUUUGGCUAAACAUUGAAGUUUGCGAUUUGGCAGAAAGAACGGGUAGACAAACUUCCACCAUUCUGAAGUUGUUCAACGACAUUGAGCAAUUGGAUGUGAAAGUGGAAAGGAGUAUUUCCGAUUUUGCCUUGUUUUGCACUCAUCGCAGGCUGAGAUUUCGUCAUUGUGGCUUAUUCUAUGUGAACUACGAAAUGGGAUUCCGCAUGGCGCUCACCAGUUUUCUGUACCUGCUGUUUCUCAUCCAGUUUGAUUAUAGAAACCUGUGA